AGUUGCAGGAUGUUUAAGCACUGAUAUUAUUGGCAUAAGUUUGCGUGGUCACGUUGUGCCAUGUGACAGUCCAUCACUGUAGGUUCUAGCUCCUACAGUAGACCUCAUAAGCAGUGCUGUAAGUUGAACGUCGAGUCAAAGAGGAUUGAUAAUUAACAGUGAAGCUACGGUGUUACAGGAAAUGAUGAUUGCUGCAAGAUGCACAAGGCUGGGGAUUCCAAUUGUCAAAAAUUUAACACGAGUUUCUUCCACAAGUAUGUUCAAGUCCACUGAUUUGAAUCAACAUUAUAUACAUUCUUCUGUCACCUGCUUCCCAAAGUGUGAGCUAACAUCAAAGAGGUAUCAGAUAGAGAGAGGUCAGUUCAGCACAAUAAGUGAAGAGGAUGUUAACUUCUUCACUAAUCUACUUGGUCACCAUCGGGUCAUCAAUGACGAGACAGAACUUGAAGGCUACAAUAUUGACUGGUUAGGAAUGGUUCGAGGAGCAUCAUCAGUGCUACUUAAGCCUAAGACAACUGAGGAAGUCUCCACUAUUUUGGCUUAUUGCAACAAGCGUAAAUUAGCAGUCUGUCCUCAAGGUGGCAACACAGGAUUGGUUGGAGGAAGUGUUCCAGUGUUUGAUGAGAUCAUUAUCUCAACUGCCCUCAUGAAUAAAGUUGAAAAUGUAGACACUUGGUUAGGAGUUGUAACCUGUCAGAGUGGUUGUGUCUUAGAGGCUCUUGAUGAACAUGUCUCUGAGUAUGGGUUAAUGAUUCCAUUGGAUCUUGGGGCAAAAGGCAGCUGUCACAUUGGUGGAAAUGUUUCUACUAAUGCAGGUGGACUGCGUCUUCUCCGUUAUGGAAGUCUCCAUGGAUCUGUCUUAGGUGUUGAGGCAGUUUUGGCAUCAGGUGAAAUAGUGGAUUGUUUAUCAGCAAUGAAAAAAGACAAUACAGGCUAUGACCUUAAGCAGCUCUUCAUUGGCUCUGAAGGAACACUAGGAUUAGUAACCAAGAUUGCCAUCAAUUGCCCCCCAAGACCGCAGUCGGUAAAUCUAGCAUUCUUGGGUCUUGAAACCUUCGAUGAUGUUCUUAAAACUUACAAAGAUGCAAAGAAGAAACUAGGGGAGAUUUUAAGUUCAUGUGAAUUCAUUGACCAGAGUUCCAUUGAAUGUGUGGAGAAGAACUUGAAGCUGAAAGCACCAAUAGGUGCACAUCCAUUUUAUAUGUUAAUUGAGACAUCAGGAUCCAAUGGGAUUCAUGAUGAAGAGAAGUUGAAUGUCUUCCUUGAAGAGGCAUUAGGAGCUGGUUUGGUUACAGAUGGCACAGUUGCUACAGAGCCAUCACGAAUGCACCACAUAUGGAGCAUUAGAGAAAGAAUCGCAGAGGCACUUAUUAAUGAUGGCUGCACUUACAAGUUGGUUUUUAUAUAUGAUAUAUCCCUGCCACUACCACACUUCUACAAGAUGGUCGAGGACAUGAGAGAACACCUAGGUUCUAACAUCUUACGUUGUUGUGGAUAUGGCCACAUAGGCGAUGGAAACCUUCAUUUAAAUAUCACCAGCAAGGAGUUUGAGAAGGAUCUCUUGAAUCUCAUUGAGCCUACAAUAUUUGAGUGGACUGCUAAAGUUAAUGGCAGCAUCAGUGCAGAACAUGGAGUGGGAUUCAAGAAGCGCAACUACAUACACUAUUCAAAAUCAUCUGGUGCUAUAGCUUUAAUGAAGCAGCUCAAAGCACUCAUGGAUCCCAAUGGAAUCCUUAAUCCCUAUAAAGUUCUUCCUGAUAAUUAAGGUUCUUGAAUUUUUAAUACUUUGUAGCAUAGGCCAAAUUUUACAGCUUCUAGGGAAAAAUCUGUGAUAAACAUCGUAUUUUCUAAAUUUAAUUGCAAAAUCUUGGGAAUUUCAUAUAGUUUUAGGAAAUUUGAAGAAAAAAGUUAUAGAGUUGGAGAAAAGUUUAGGAAUUUCAAGAUUAAAUCAGUACUGUGGACUGCAUCUUUUACAUCUUGAAGUGUUCUCAGCAUGACUGGGUUCUGAGUUUAUAGGAGAUAUGGCAGUCAUUACUGAGCUGUACCUUCAAGGUUGACCUUUCCACUUUAACUACAUGUUGAUUUUACAGUCUGUUUGCGUAUAGAAGUUUAUCGAAAUGUACAUCUCAAAAGAAUUCGUGGAAAUGGAAUUUCUAAUUUCCAGAACUAAAUAUCCUCAUUGGCAUCCCAAAGAUCUAGAAAAGUUAAGAAUUUAUUUUAGAAUAGACUACAGUCAGUCCUCGACUUACGACGGGGUUAGGGACCGACGACCAGGUCGUAAGUUGAAUUGUCUUUGUUUUUACCCCAUCAUUUGAACCGCCUGGGUGCUCAGGCGGUCUUUCACCACCACUAUCAUCAUCCCCUCCAAUACCCCUAGUUACUUUUGAGGCCAUUAAUCUGCACGAGAACACCGUGCCAAACGACAGUGAAUAAAAAAAAAGUACACAAAGGCCAAAGUCACUCAAACAAACAGCGGAAAUGUGGAUUGACUCGGUCAUUAUGGCUGCCUGAACAGCUGACUGGCUCUUUGAACUCGGUAAAUACUCGGCAAUAAUACUCGCCAGUAGUAUUAAGCGAGAUUUAUCUUGCAAUUAAUAUUCUACAAUUAUUAGUUGUGAAUCCAUUUAAAUUUAAACUCUUGCCAAAGGUGAGGGUUUGGUCGCCAAAAUGGAGGGCAAGGUACUUUGAAUUUUGACCGCCAACUUAGAAUUCGCCAAACUGGAGGGUUUACUAUAUAGAAUUUAUGUUCAUUUUUUAAUUUCCACAUAUAGUAUUUCAUGAAAGUAUGUUAAAUGAGGAGAAUUUGUACAAUCAGGCAGCUGGCUGAGUAUAUUUAAUAAUAAUAAUAAUAAUAAUAAUAAUAAUAAUAAUAAACGGUUUAUUAAUAGAGUUGCAGCCGGUGGCUGAAAAUAUACAAACUUAUAUUUGAUUUAGACAU